GCCGCCCGCCUGGCCGUCCGCCGGUCCGGGCCCGGCAGGCGGGGCGCAGAAAAUGGCGAGGCCCCGCGCCGCGCCCGCCCCCGCGCCGCCCGGCCUGCAGCCGCUGUCGGCGCCGCGGCCCGAGCCGGGCGGGGUCCCGCUGCACUCGCCCUGGACCUUCUGGCUGGACAGAUCUCUCCCCGGGGCCACAGCCGCCGAGUGCGCAUCCAACCUGAAGAAAAUCUACACGGUGCAGACAGUACAGAUAUUCUGGAGUGUGUACAAUAACAUCCCUCCUGUGGCUAGCCUGCCUUUGAGAUGUAGUUAUCAUUUAAUGAGAGGAGAGAGGCGACCACUUUGGGAAGAGGAGAGUAAUGCAAAGGGCGGCGUGUGGAAGAUGAAAGUGCCCAAGGACAGCACGUCCACAGUUUGGAAAGAGUUGUUGUUAGCGACUAUCGGGGAACAGUUCGCAGGCUGUGCCGCAGCAGAUGACGAAGUCAUAGGAGUCAGCGUGAGCGUUCGGGACCGGGACGACGUGGUCCAAGUCUGGAAUGUAAAUGCCUCCUUAGUGGGCGAAGCGACCGUUUUAGAAAAGAUCUAUGAACUCCUGCCCCACAUAUCUUUUAAAGCAGUAUUUUAUAAACCCCAUGAAGAGCAUCAUGCUUUUGAAGGUGGACGUGGAAAGCACUAAUUGCACUCUGUAAAGAAUUCUUUGUCCUUUGCUGAUUGCUUUUGGAAACGGUCUUAACAGGAGGGAGAGUGAAGAGAAGACUUGCCGAAGUCCGAUGCUGGUCACUUAGUGGGCUUCGGCCCCGCAGAUGGGCAAUUAGGACUCCAAGUGCCGGUGGGGUGGGCGAGACUGGGUUUCGACCGUCACAUUGCUUGGUUUUAUUUUUUGGUUUUCGCUUUCUGUGUUAUUUUCACUCCAAUUCUUUUGCCCUUUUAAAUUCCGUGCUUGGUCUAAUUACUGUUUUGUGCACUCUCCUUUCGUGGAGGCGCAGGAAAUCAGUUCCCCUUUAAGGGGCGGGGCUGUGCCUAGUCAUAGGACAUGCAUCCUCAUGACAGGACUGCUUCGGAAGCCACGCUGUUCUUGCAGGAAGCCCGCUGGUGAGACCUGUCUUGGUUACUCCUGGUUGUGACACACCCCUGCGUGCCAUGCACUGGGCAUUGUUUUUUCUGUGUUUGGGAGAAGCAAAACCACACUUAUCCGAUGUUGCACUGACAGCACACACAUCUUUUAUCUUUCCUUUUUAAAACUUCUUUUUAUGGCUAUAAAAGGAAGAUGAUAGCUGGGUUAACUCACAUGAAAACUGUAAUGACACUUGAGUGUCAGGGUACAACUCAAACUCGAGUUUGGACUCUGGACAUAUUUGUACCCGAGGGUCCGUCGGGCCUUUUCGCAGGAGGGUGAGGCGGUGACGGGUCCCCCGGUGAGAAGCCCUCCUGGUUGCCGAGGAGAACUAGCUCUAGUUGCUUGUGAAGCUCCUCCCACAUUUGGGCGCGUGCCCACCCUGGGCUCUCCACAUCGAUGGACACAUUUUGUGAAAUGACCCCUUUUCCUGCUCAGAUUGCGUCAUUUCCGGUAAUCAGUAGUCCCCCAAAUUGGGCAACUUUGCCUUUUUUUCAUUUCGGGGCAGGAAGUUAAAUCUCAUUUCGAAAUUGAAUGUGAACAUUCACAGAGUUGAACUUGGAGUGCAUAUUUGUUCAUAUUAAUUUUUGGAAUUGUUCAUAUAUAUUGUACUAUGUUACCAAAGAAAUGCUGGUUUUACUGGAAGGAAACGGCCACGCUGUGGAACGCUGAGACCUGCUCAAAGCACCGUCUCACGCCUGGACUGCCGGCUUCUGCUUUUGCCCGAGGGGGUCGCUUGAAGCUGCCAGUCCUCCUAGUGACCUUUGGCGCCAGGGUCGCUCGCACACGCUUAUCCAUCACACAGAAGGCCGGGCGCUCAGCGCUUCAUUGGACCCAAGAUUUUUACUCUCCCGCAGAGAGCCCGCGAGGCCUGCGGCCUCCGGCCAGGGUUGGUGAGUGAAGGUCUUCAGACAUCUGAGCGGACUUCCGGCAGCAUCUGCUUAGGAGAGCUGGGCCCUUCACUGGCAUCGCUGACCACCACAGCCACAAUCACGAUGGUCAUCGUUUUUUAAAAAUGCUUUGUUUCUAAACUUGAGUUUCUUCAGUGAUUUUUAAAUGAGGUAUAAGGAUAUCAGACCCAUUUUUCAAAAGCCUGAAACUUGUUGCUUUAAAUAUUGUACUAACGUCCAACUUGUUUUUAUUAUUCAUCAAGAAUUAAAAAAUUAUUCUGGACAUGAAUUAAAAUUCUUUUUAUAAUAUAAGUAUUUUUCUGAUAGAUUAGAAAAGAUAUUGACUUAUCUUCAUUAUAAUUGUCAUAUACAUUUCCAUAAGUAAAUGGAUUUUGAAGUAGUUUUAUUUUUGAACUUUAUUUAAAGGCAUUGUGAUAUGUUCAACUUUUGCAUGUAUAUAGCUUUUAAAGUAAUAAAAUAAAAUAAAAAUAGGCAUGUUAGGCUCACA